AUGUCCGACACCCUCGCAUUGACGUUGUUCGAUCCAACUGGUAUCGAUGCGGAGACGGCCCUGCUCAUCGCACGACUCGCUCUCGAUGACAUCGAGGAGGUCGAGGCGAACCGCAAGGGCAAGACUAGAGCUGAUGCUCCUCCUGGACCCGAGGAGCGUGCUUUCGACUUGCAGCGAGAGCUGUUUGAAGGCUUUUUGCAGUUGGACGAGGAUUAUCGCUUUGCGAGGAGCCUCGAUGAUGCGCUAGCAGCGGAUCAAGAUAUUCUGACGAUAGUUGGGGAUUUGGAGAGAGCGGCAGAGGAUGACCAUAGGGCUGCGAUGGCAGUCAGUCGCGGAUUGCCCAUGCCCCCUCUUUCCGUGGCGCAGAGGUCUAUAGAGGAUUUGGAAUUACCUGCGGUGGAGCCUCCAAAAAAAACCGUUCUUGCUCUGCUACCGCCACCAGCUCCUGACAGCACCUCAUCGGUGGCCUCCACCAGCGGGUCCAUCCUGCUUGAAGGCUCCUCAAACCCGGGCCCUACAACAAGGACUUUCCCUCGUGUCGAAUGUACCAUUUGUGGAGAUCGUCUUCGCAAUGUGACGAUGGAGUUCUCUGGUCCAUGCGGGCACUACCAAUGCCACACCUGUCUCAUCUCACUCGUCGAAACCUGCACCCGAGAUGAAAGCCUGUACCCUCUACGAUGCUGCCAACAGCGUAUACCUCUCGACACCGUCUUCCCGCGCCUCAAACCGUUCCUUCGCUCUCGUUUCCGGCACAAGGCGAUUGAGUACGAUACACCGGCGAAUGCUCGAGUCUAUUGCCCCAAACCCUCCUGUUCUACCUUCAUAGGCCCUGCAUCCACCUCAACCCCCUCGUCCUCCCAGAAUGAUCAUCUGGAAUGUCCACAAUGCAACACCUCCGUCUGCUCUCAGUGCCGUAAUGAGGCCCAUGGUACCUCUCUCUGCCCCGAGAACGUCGCAGUCCAAGCUGUCAAGGACCUUGCAGCGGCGGAAGGUUGGCAAACCUGCCCCUCCUGCCAUUCGAUCGUCGAGCUCGCCUUCGGAUGCAAUCACAUGACCUGCAGAUGUGGCGCUCAUUUCUGCUACGUCUGCGCGGCUCCUUGGAAGACGUGUCAGUGCGCACAGUGGGACGAGCCGAGGCUGCUUGAUGCGGCCCAGCGGAGGGUGGAGGUAGAGGUGCGGGGAAGGGAUGAGCUGGCACCGAACUUGUUUAUGGAGAGGGUGAGAGUGCAGGCAGAGCAGUUGAGGGUGAACCAUGAGUGUGAUCCUCAUGCUUGGAGAUAUAGGCAUGGUGGAGGGAUGUGCGAGCAGUGCAAUUAUAAUUUGCCCAUGUUUUUGAUGCGCUGCAGGAACUGCCAGAUAUUGGCAUGUAAACGUUGUAGCCGAAACCGCUUUUGA